UUCACCAGCGGGAGGGAAACUCGAUGCGUAGGCCCAGUCAAAUUUUCAUGUCACACCGUUAUGAUUUGAUUCAACAUACUGAAGUUAUCAGACAUUAACUUUUAUUUCAGUUUUGCGGUGUAAUCAAGUGACAUCUAUCCCGGUAUGAACAUGCUCAACCAAGCGGCCGUAGAGGCUUUAUGCUCUGGAACGUAUCUCGAAAAUUAUUUGGAAACGAUGGAGAAUCUUCCCAACGAUUUACAACGAAGUGUUUCCCAACUUCGAGAGUUAGAUAUUCAGUGUAGAGACAUUAUGCAAGACAUGGACUAUCAGCAAGAAGUGUAUAAGCAACAAGGCCCAAUGAAGAAGAAAGCAUUUUUUGCCAUCCAGCGAGCUCUGAUUCGAUGCCAGGAGAUCGGAGACGAGAAACUUGUCUUGCUGUCUGUUAUUAUUGACUUCAUUGAGAAUCGAGCUCGACAGCUGGAACAAGACAGAGAGAAUCUGGAUCCUGGCUCCACAAAGGAGCCGGAGCCGGUAAAGGAUCCACCCAAGAAGGAGGCAAAAGCAGUGGACUCAGAGCGGUCUGAAAAACCGGUUGCUAAGAGACAACGACGACAGAAAAAUCAUGAUGUCAGUCAAGAAGAUGUUAAGGAGGAGAAAGAAAAGGUUCCGAAAAAGAAAAAGAAGAGAAAAGUGAAGAAAGAACGAGAAGACUCCCCCGUCGACCCCCCCAUUGACCCCGACGAGCCCACAUACUGUUUAUGCAACCAAGUCUCAUAUGGCGAGAUGAUAGGAUGUGACAAUGACAAGUGUGUGAUCGAGUGGUUUCAUUUUAACUGUGUCGGACUUACCACAAAGCCAAAGGGAAAAUGGUAUUGCCCUAAAUGUCGGGGAGACAAACCUACAGUAAAACGGCCUGACAAGUAGAAGACCUGAACUCAUCUCGGUGCUACACAAAGACGAGUCUUGUUCAAGGGCCUGUUGUCAUGUCAUUUCCGCAAAGAAAUUUGUACCUGUAUCGUACAUGUUUGUUAUGAGUGUGUGCUGUUGAUGACUGACCAUGUUUACAAGGAAUAAAUGGGAUUCUCGGUAUCAAAUCGAUAACGUU